AUGCGCUCCAGUCCAACCCCACCUCCUCUUUACCUGAGCCUCCUUCUCUUUCUCUCAUGGAACUCCCCGGUUCUUUCCUGCAAGGCUGUAAACAACAGCAAGUGUGAGUCUGCUCCAUUUGUACCAGGCCACAACCUGAUUGGGGAGGGAUUUGAUGUCAUCACCCUGCGCCGAAAAGGAGCCUACUUGAUUGAUGUAGCUACUUACCGCAAACCAGAUGGUACCUGUACUCUCUGCACCAACCGCAAUCAAAACAAAACUCUACAAAAACUGCCGGCCUCUGUUGUCGACUGGCGUGCAAUCAGCCAAUGCAAAACCGAUAUCUCCAGCAGUGCACACACCACUGUUAGUUCACUACUUCACUCUUAUACUGAUCAGGACAUCCACGACUGGAAGGCUGGACUAAAUAUAAAGGCCAUAUCUACCAGCGUGGGGAUUGGAGGAACACACUCCAUGGCAUAUGCAUUUGCUACAAAAAAGACCAAAGAGGACCACUACUCCUUCAGCACACACACGGUCACCUGUACUCAUUAUCGUUACCGGGUAUCAAGCAGACCGACUCUUAGCUCUGAGUUCAGCAGGGAUGUGGCCAGUUUGCCAAGUCGCUAUAACUCCUCCACCAGAGAUCAGUACAACGAGGUCAUAGAUACCUACGGCACACAUUACAUUCGCAAGGUUCGUCUUGGUGGCCGUCUUAGACGAGUCACAGCUGUACGAACCUGUUUGUCCAGACUAAACGGAUUCUCCUCAAAUGAGUUACACUCCUGCCUGUCGAUGGGUGUCUCCAUUGGCUUGGGAAAGUUGAAUCCAUCUGCUGUCCAAGGUUCUUGCAAAAACAUCCUGGAAAACUGGGAUGUUGCCACUAGGUAUAGCUCUGGUCUCCACCAACACUAUACGGAUGUGGUAGGAGGUAAUGGGUGGUUGGGAGAGUUUUCACUUGCAUAUGAUGACUCCCUGGGUUUUAAAAACUGGCUGAACAGCCUGAAGGAUCAUGCAGAUGUUGCUUCCUACUUCAUUCGCCCAAUGUUUCAGCUGAUACCGAAAGGCACAAAGAAGUCAGGGAUGAAGGCUGCCAUAGAGCAGUACUUAACAGACAGUGAUGUGAGUCAAUCACACAGCCAACGAAAUUGUUGGCGGGGCAAUCCUAAUCUAGAUUUCAACUGUUGUCCUCGACAAGCCUGGAGGGGGAAGCUAACUGUGGAAAUCAUCCGAGCCUGGAAUCUGAAAGGAGAUCAUCUUGGCCCAACUGACAGCUAUGUUAAACUCUGGUUCGGUUCCAUCCAUCAUCAGACUCGCAUGAUCGAAUCAAGUUAUCCCCGAUGGAAUGCUUAUUUUAAUCUUGGACAGGUGGACACACACAGUAAUGUGUAUGUUGAAUUAUGGGAUGAGGAUCUGUUCUAUGAUGAUCUUCUGGGAUCAUGUUCCCGGCGUCCAACUCGGGGGACACGCCUUAACCCCCUCAGUGAGAUCAUCAAUAAGACUGGCUAUGGCUACCAACUACAGAAUGGUAGACAUAGCCACCUCCUGUACAUGGAUGACAUCAAGCGCUAUGCCAAGAAUGAACGAGACAUCAAUUCACUGAUCCACACCACCAGGAUAUACAGCAAUGACACUGGAAUGUUGUUCGGACUGGAGAAGUGUAGUCGGGUAACCAAGUGA